AUGGCGGGCGCGGGCCUCCUCUUGGCCACCUGUGCUGCCUACCUUGUGCUGUGCCUGCGAGGGACCCGGGCGGAGCAAGUUGUUCUCCUGGACACGACUACAGAGGCCAGCCUAGAGUGGACGCGGUACCCCUACGGACCUCAAGCCAACACUCCAGGCUGGGUGGAGGAAUCGUUCACCGACUUCGACAAGGGCAUUAACUGGAGGAGUUACGUGGUCUGCGACGUCGCCUACAGCAACGUCAACAAUUGGCUGUGGACGCCGUUCAUCGAGCGGGGCCCGGCCAACCGCAUGUACAUCGAGAUGAAGUUCACCAUCCGGGACUGCUCCCUCUUCCCGGGAAGUGCCCUCAGCUGCAAGGAGACCUUCAGUCUCCUCUAUUACGAAUUCGACGCGGCUACCAAGGAGCCUCCGCCGUGGGAGCCGGAGAGCUACAAGCUGAUCGGUCGCAUCGCAGCGGGCGAGGGCAGGUUCAACACGAACACGGAGGUGAUCAUCAACACGGAAGUCAAGUCCAUCCCCGUGACCAAGAAGGGGGUGUACUUUGCCUUUCGGGACCAAGGAGCGUGCAUCUCGAUCCUAGCCAUCAAGGUAUACUACAUAAGCUGCCCCGAAGUGUCGGUCAACUUCGCCCACUUCCCGGCCACCCCUACCGGGCGGGAAGUCGCCCUGAUCGAGCAGACCGUGGGCACCUGCGUGGCGAACGCCGUGAAGAUCAACCAGCCGACCUUCCUCUGCAAGGGCGACGGCAAGUGGUACCUCCCGUCCGGGGGCUGCCACUGCAAACCCGGCUACGAGGCGGAUAUCGACAAGCAACAGUGCAAUAAGUGCCCCAUGGGGAAGUUCAAGCACGAAGCCGGCUCCCAGACCUGCGACGCUUGUCCCGUCCACAGCACCGCACCCGAUUACGGGUUCACCGAAUGCAAGUGCGACGUGGGAUACUUCAGGGCUGAAAAGGACUCCAAGAAGAUGCCUUGCACCCAGCCACCUUCGGCCCCGCAGAACCUGACAGUCAAUUUCGUUGACCAAUCCACGGUUAUCUUGUCCUGGAACGCUCCGCACCAACUCGGGGGCAGGACGGACACGACCUACAGGGUCGUCUGCGAUGCCUGCAGCCUCGGAGUCAAGUACAUCCCCAACACUGAGAUCUUUGACGACACGAAGAUCACGAUAACCGGGCUCAACGCUGUGACGACCUAUCGGUUCCAAGUUUUCGCCGAAAAUGGAGUCUCCGCCUUGGCUGGGAGGUCCGAAUACGUCGAUAUUACUGUGACCACCGAAGCCAGCGUACCCAGCCUGGUCAGCAAUGUCCGGAUCACUAGUGUUAAGAGUUCGGAGCUCAGCAUCAGCUGGGAUGCACCCGUGACCGAUGUAGGGGGCGACAGCGACCUCGUUGAAAGAUACGAAGUCCGGUGUUAUCCAAGAUUCGAGGACGCCACCAAUGCAACUGUGAUACAAACUUCGGAUCUCUCUGCGACCUUCAAAGGGCUCAAACCGUCGACGGAUUAUGCCAUCCAAGUCAGGGCCAAGACCACCAGGGGUUGGGGUGAAUACACCCCCGUUGUCUUCAAGAAGACACCCCACGCGAUGGGACUAGACUACGUGGGCGAUGACGAUAACAUGCAGGUCAGGAUCAUUGCCGGGGCAAUAGUUGCCGUCGUCGUCUUGUUGGUGAUCAUCAUCAUAAUGACCGUCCUCUUCCUGAGAAGCAGAGCCUCGGAUGAGUGCAACAAGAAGCAGCCCAGUGACUGCGACACCUUGGAGUACAGGAAUGGUGAAGGACUAGUUGUGACCUACAUGCACUGCAAAAUGGACAGUUCACCGAUUGUGACAACCCACACCAACAACAAGAGCAAGUCCUCGCUGACGACGCCCCUCUUCACACCUGCAGUGGGGGUAGCUGCAGCCGGGGCUGCAGGUACGGGAGGUGCAGGUGCAAGAAGCUACGUGGACCCGCACACCUACGAAGACCCCAACCAGGCGGUGCGAGAAUUCGCCCGAGAAAUCGACGCUGGAUACAUUACGAUAGAAUCUAUCAUUGGUGGCGGGGAAUUCGGAGACGUGUGUAGAGGUAAACUGAAGCUUCCUCCUGACGGGAGGUCGGAGAUCGACGUGGCGAUCAAGACCCUGAAGCCAGGAUCGGCGGACAAGGCCCGCAACGACUUUCUGACGGAGGCCUCGAUAAUGGGCCAGUUCGAGCACCCCAAUGUGAUACUCCUGCAGGGCGUCGUCACCAAGAGCAACCCCGUGAUGAUCAUCACCGAGUACAUGGAGAACGGAAGCCUGGACACCUUCCUUCGGGCAAACGACGGCAAGUUCCAGGUACUCCAACUGGUCGGGAUGCUGCGGGGCAUCGCCAGCGGGAUGCAGUACCUCGCCGAGAUGAACUACGUCCACCGGGACCUGGCGGCAAGGAACGUCCUGGUGAACGAGGCUCUCGUCUGCAAGAUCGCCGACUUCGGGCUUAGCCGGGAAAUCGAGAGCGCCACGGAGGGAGCCUACACCACCAGGGGUGGCAAGAUCCCGGUACGAUGGACCGCACCGGAGGCCAUAGCUUUCCGCAAGUUCACCAGCGCCUCCGACGUCUGGAGCAUGGGCAUCGUCUGCUGGGAGGUGAUGUCCUACGGCGAGCGACCCUACUGGAACUGGUCCAACCAAGAUGUGAUAAAAUCGAUCGAGAAGGGCUACAGGCUCCCGGCGCCGAUGGACUGUCCCGAGGCGAUCUACCAGCUGAUGCUGGACUGCUGGCAAAAGGAGCGCACCCACCGACCCACGUUUGCCAACCUCACCCAGACUCUGGACAAGCUCAUCCGGAGUCCGGACACCUUGAGGAAGAUCGCGCAGAACAGGGGUACCAAUCCACUGGCGCCAGACGCGGUGGACUUGACGCAGCUGACUUCUGUCGGCGAGUGGCUGGCAUCGAUCAAGAUGUCGCGUUACGCUGAGAGUUUCGAGAGGGCGGGAGUGACGUCGCUGGAAAUGGCAGCACGAGUCACGGUGCAAGAAUUAACGGCCUUGGGAAUAACCCUUGUGGGUCACCAGAAGAAAAUCAUGAACAGCGUGACGGCGCUGCGGGCGCAGAUGUCAGCCACCUCGCAAGGCUUCCUCGUUUAGCUCCUCGCGUUUGCGUUCUCGAAGGACGAGCGAAUCAAGGACAAUUUAAUUACGUAGAAGCUCCUGGGAACUGAACGCGAUAGACGGGACGGGCAGUCCUCGAUGAAGGACCCCCAGCGAGGGUGGCGGACGCCAACCAAUGGCGGCACUCGGAGCCGCCGCGUUCUCGCGAAGGAUCGGCCAGUCGGCGCCACGAAUGGCCAGGGAAACUCGAGGCCGAGACUCGCACCUGGACGAGUCACCUGGGACCUUCCAAUCGAGGCGAUUCGCUUAAGUAGUUGCACAUAAAUGUCCCUACUGUGACAUUCCACCGGAAGUAGAGCAAAGAGGAAAGGGGGCGGGAGUCCCCUUCCCGAAACUUUGUUCUCGUUCCGAAACGCGCCACGAGACGGCGCUAGCGUCGCGGAGCUGACAAGAUCCAGAUCUCACGAGAGCUGAACAGUCCGCAGACGAAUAUAGGCUCGGUGUAUCUAGAAACGGAAAGGAACGGAAAGCGACUGGCUCCUUGUCGCGGUCGUUGAGAUUUAUGAAAGAUUAGUCAUUGGGCGACGAGGAGUUUAAGUUGCGUCUACACCAAUCGGUGACGUCCACUCGGGGCGCCAUCUUCCUUAGCGCCGACCAAUCAGCGGCUUCGGUUGCGCAGCGGAAUCCUAGCCCGAUAUCACUGCCGCUUACUUUAUGGGAAUUAAUCGCGAUGCGAAACCACCACGGAACGCGUCAACGAGCACGGCCUAAGAGACACUUCGAAUUGUCCAUCUUCUUCCGGCCUCGCGUCUUUUAAUUCACGAACCGCGAGAUACGCGUCACUAGAAACGACACUCGACGGUCCAAAAAGAUGCGCUUUGCUCAACGAACACCGCUUUUACCGACCGAAUAAUAAUUAACGGACAAGCAAUUAGAGAGAACGACGAACUCAAUUUGGAAAACUCGUCAUUCGGAAAUCGCGCGGCGGCACUUGUACAUAGAGUCUAUGCGUAACAAGACAGCGAAUAUUUUAUAAGAAUUAAAAUCAUGACGCUUAACCACCGCGCCUAGAGAAAUGCAAGGCGGAACAGCGGGACGAAGGAUCGCCGGUUUGCUUUCGCUAAAUCUGGGGAAUUAUUUGACGGUGAAAAUGCGUGAAGGGAUAGGGGAAACGAGUCGAAAUUUAUUUUGCAUUCGAUAUACGAAAGAGAACUUUAAAAGGGGAAAAAAGGGAGACAGAGACACGAGAUUCUUGCCUUUUUCUGUUACCUAUAUAAAGUAUAUAUAUUAUAUACACGGUCUAUAUAGGUACCUGUCGGUUAAUCGAAAAAGAAACAAAUUUUAAACGUGCCAAUGGGAGGGAUGGGGAGAAAGAAAGCGAGAGAGAGGAAAUGUGUGCGUGAUUAGUGUGACUGUGGAAAUAAGAGCGAGGAAGAGAGGUUAUAUCGACAUGCAGACCCACGAUGCGCUUCGUACUAUGUACAUGCUCUGGCCGAUCGUCAGCAUUAAAAAAAUCUUUAUAUACAUAUAUAUAUAUAUAUAUAUAUAUAUAUAUAUUAUACAUAUGAGGGGCAAUUUCAGUUUCGAACGAGAGGAACGACCUAAUGUAGGCAGGAGUCGGGUGUGCAAAAGGGCCGUGUACGAGCUCUCGUCCAGCCAAUCAGAAGCGACGAAUCGAAACACGGGUAAGCCACCUAAUGGCUGCGUACCCGCCAAAUUUAAAACGCGUCUCUCCGUCUCAUGGAAACAUAUCAACAGAUUUACGUAUUCUGAUGCGAGCAUCGCGAGAGUGUCUUCGGGACGGGCCGAAAAGCAAAUUCCGCGAUUAUCGAAAAGUCCCCUUAAUCGAUGUUUCCGAAAACGCGUUCCAAAACUGGGAAAUUCUACGAUGUUCCUAGGUGUACCGUAACAUCCUUCAAUGGGGUAAACAGAGACGGCCAUAACGCGACACGAAGCGAAAAGGUAUUUUCAAAAGUCGAAGAAAAGCGUUAAGAAGAAAAAAAAUGUACACUACCUUCUGUAAAAGCAGUACAGAAAUUGAACAAAGUUCGCUUUCGCAAACGCGCGUUGCGAUUCUUUGGGCGGUCCGUAAGACCCACGAAACUCCGUCUAACAGGUAGAAAUUGAUAGGAAUUUGCAAGGAAGAUCGAAACUACGGCACAAAAUCAAAGUUGAUGAGAACGCAUGCGUCUUGGUUGUCGGACGUCUCUCUUAGAAUGCGAUGAGAACCCAGCCCGAGUCAUUGUUGGGAAUUCCAUGUGAAAGCAAAGCUAAGUCUGAUUCUACUUUUAAAUAUAAGGGAGAUUCUAAAGGCUUUAAUUAUCGCGAUUACGGAAAAACGCAUUCGCCGUUAAAGAGACUUAUUUCCUUCUGUAACAACGCCUCGGUCACGCGGGAUUCCCCCGGACCGGACCAGAAUACGGCCAGAUUUUACGCAAAUUGAUUUAAUUACGCGCGGACUCGCUACGGGUAAUAAAUAGUAUUAAUGAUCGAAACCCCAGGAAAACCUUCCGAACACUAAACUCACCAUUGGAUUCGCACGCAUUAUUUAAGGUGGUUUACACAAACGUGUUGGGAUAUGCCCCGAGUAAUCGGACGUGUACGCCAUCUUGAGAAAUUCGUGCAAGGCAAACGCAUGAGAAGUAACUGGACAUAUUCGGGAAUCCCACUCUCGAUCGUUGUAAAAGAAAAAAGUCGUUGUAAUGUAACGUGGACCGUUGUUGCUGAAGCAAUGAAAUCGAUCGCAAUACUUGGAAGCUCUGUAAGGGCGAGAAAUAGAAAAGUAACGCGACAUCAGCAAACCCAGGGAAACUUGUCCAGAAUGGCCAGAGCUACCGAAAGCAGUGGGUUGCGAAAUCCGGGAAUCCCAUUCUUGGCCGUUGCAAAAGACUAGAUCCGGCUAAAUGCAAUAAGAGGACCGGAAAUACGAGAUAGACGCUGCUCUCGGAACAGCGACGAUUUAAGAAGCAAUAAACAACAUACACGCAAAUGCAGAUUUUUAUAUAGAGAAUGUUAACGAAUUUCAGAAGAUAUUAAUUAUCCAUAGCGCUAUCUUCCUAAAUGUUCGUAUUAAAGGUUAAAGUGGAUGAGACAAUGAGGGAGACGAUUACAUGAAGUCGAAGGGCAAUACGUUGCGGCGGAGGACGAAAAAGACAUGUUUAUAAGGGAGAAUAUUGAAAUUCAUUUACGUCUAGGGGCAGAACGCGCGAAUGUAGCUCGACAUUUUGAUUCCUGCUAGAAAUUCCUAACGUUUCACUUAUCCGAUGUUGCGCAACGUCCAAAUUGAAUUUAAACGCAAAGUUGCACCGGACCGUUGCGAUUAAUGACGCCGAUUCAAAAUUAUUAUUUACAUUUAACCCCGAUACUUCUUGGGUACAAGAAUAUUCCAUAACUUUUUGAAACUUUGGGAACCCCCGAAAGUGGAACUUAAAUACGUUCCGAAAUCAAAAUGUCGGAUUGCAAUCAGCCCUACGUGUCAUUUGGUUAACUCGUGUCUGCGUGAGCGUUUCCAAUUACGUCCUGAAAGAGCGAAACAAUCGAAUGGGGCUACCCUAAACGAAAGCCAAUCAAAAAUUCCGAAAUCCGAAUGUGCGACGUUAAGUGGAGGCGGGUUCUUGCAAAAAUCGACGGACAAAAAGCGCACGACGUUAUAGGGGAUUAAAUCGCACGAUGCCUCACAGUUUUUACUUAAUUCCUUAACAAUUAACGUCUCUGUACUACUAUUUAUUAAAGAAAGAACUUAUUUAUUGUUUAGAGAUCUGACUAAAUUAAAAGAACUUCUAAUUAUCAUAGGUUAUCUAUUUACCGAUAGCGCAGCGAGAGAGAGAGCGAGAGAAAGAGAGCGAGAGGAAGGUGGCGAGAAAAGGAAGGAGAAGCGUCGCUUCGUUAUUUUGGAGUUUUUCCAAAAAACUCCGUCGUGUAAAAAAUGGGGGGAUAGGGAGGUCGAAAUAUGGCGAGCGAGGAAAAUUCGUCGAGUCGAUAAGCAGCUAUAUCAUUAAUUAUUUAAGCGUUUAUCAGGCGACGUACGUGCGCGUUGUUUUAUUUUAUACUUUGUACGAUCCUCUUUUACAGCGAACUCUUUGCCAAAGUACCUGCUUUGAAGAGAAAGAAAACAAAAAAAGAGAUUAGUACGAAAUGUUUCACCGAAAAUGGACAACAGGUACCGUCCCGCAUUUUAAACGAAUAAACGUUAGUUAACGCGCGUUCACACUCAUUUACACAGAUACAAACGUCUAUCUGGCCAACUCAAGCCAAGCUGAGUUCUUCAUUGGUUGUAAGUGAAUCGCCUCCGUGUGUUUUCAAUUUACUGUAUAAAAUCGAAGUAAUAAACUGCAAGUGAUGUAAGCAGAGAGGAACUGCCGACAAAUUUUGGGAUGUGUCUAAAACAUUUUUCCUAUGGUGUUAUCAAGACGAUGUUGAAUGUACAUAAGAUAUAAUAAAUAACACAUAUUAUACGAUGUAUAGUA